GUCAGUGUGCGCGCACAUCUGAACAGCGACGGAAGCGCAUGAUGUGUUGGAAUUUGUAGGAACGAGGAAGACAUAUUGUCCACCGGAGCAGAAGCCCGCCCUGGAUUACAGCUCUUUCAUGGAAUGUUCACUGAGGAGAACUGUCGUUUUAUUUGUUUUACCAUCGGGAGUUUGUUAAGGUGAUAUGCGCACUGUGGGACCCUGAGGAAUAGGCCAUCAAAAGGGUUCUGCGCGAAAUCCAGUGACAGAGUUUCCAGCUAUUCAGCAUUAUUUAAGCGCGCACUCAAAGCAAAGUGAGAAAGCGAUAAUUAGGGAUAAGAGGUAUAGCGCAUCUCUGAUUCUACGAUAUCAGCACAUCGUUGCUUUAGCAGCCUAUGGACCAUGACAUCAUAUGAAGAAGCGGUUAUUUGUCCGGUGAAAGCACCUACGCUCGCCAAGCACAGGGACUUCUGACAUUAUUUACGCACACUCAAAUAUCCGACCCCCGCUCUAUGCAGGGCGCAGAGGAGACCGGUCUUAUUGGUAAAAGUCAGGGCUGUCAUUUCGGACAACUGGCAUCGGUGAGUGGGAGGUGAUUGACACCGUGGACACAGUGAGCGGACCUCUCUAAAAAACCUCUCCAACAGUCGUCGUGCCAACCUCACUUCUUACUCACUGUGAAGCGCUGUUACAAGAGAGUGAUGUGGACUUUAUUUGGGACUAUUCAUCAGUAAAGCUGGCUGCAGAAGUAGCAGUCUUCCCUGAGCACCAGGCCUGACUGUUAAUAGCUCAGCUCAGCUCAGCCAGCCAGCCUGGUUCCCUCUCCUUCUUCCUGUCUGAUUCAGAGAGAAGCUCUUCCCAGCCUCCUCUCCUCUCCCCCCACCACCCCCCACGUUGUUGCAGGAGUUGAGUCUCUGCUGCCCAGGGAGGGCUCCAGACAUGUCCACCAAGGCACCCAUAUACCUGAAGCGGCGGAGCAGGAAGGGUAAGAAAGAAAAGCUGCGGGACAUCCUCUCCUCGGACAUGAUCAGUCCUCCACUUGGGGACUUCCGCCACACCAUCCACAUCGGCAGCGGCGGGGGGGAGGACGACCUAUUUGGGGACCUGUCCUUCCUGGAGGGGAAGUUCCACCUGCUCCCUGGGCAGCAGGGCGACAGCCUAUCCCAGCGCUCUUCCAUGUACGCAGAGCCCUUCCAGUUCAGCCGUACUGCCAGCAUCAGCGGACACACAGCCUCCUCAGAGAGCUCCCCCCUUCUGAAGAACGCCCUCUCUCUGCCCGUCAUUGGAGGGUUGCAGGCCAUCACUCUGCCUGUCACCUCUGCACCCCCCACUGUUCCCCACCCACCUCAGAACGCAGCCCCCCCACCCAAACCUCCCCGACUGCACCUGGAUGACAAGAUCCUGAUGUCCCAUCACCCAGGCCUGGACUCCCCCAGCAGGACUUCCCAGUUCUGCCCACCCUCUCCCAGGUUUUCAUCAGACGAGGAUGUGUGUAUCCAGGACCCCUAUCUGGAUGACCGGGUUCAGGAGCGUCCCUACUUGUCCAACGCAGGCUCCCUGCUCUCCCUGCACCUGGACCUGGGCCCCUCCAUCCUGGAUGACGUGCUGCAGAUCAUGGACCGUCAGCGCCUCAACGGCCUCAACGGAACCUGUCUGCAGGGAGGACGGCAAGAGCUCUACACCUGACCAUGAGAAGUCCUCCUCCCUCGGUCCUCUGUCCCUUUACUGUCUUUCGUAGUGUAACACAGGAGGUUCUGACCUCAACCAGGCCUUGCUUGAUCACAAGGCUGGGUUUGUACAGUAGUUUGCUCAUAUUAAGUGCUUUUUUUCUGGAACAUAACAUCAAUUUCUGUUAGUGUUUUAAUUGAUAUUGAAUAUCUUUCUACACUUUUCCAUAUUUGAAUUACUUAAUGUAGGAAGUGUUGUCUAAUGAGGUGACAUGAGCCAAAAGCUGACUGUUAAAUCUCCUCUGCCCUUCCUCCAAAGAGGACAUGAAGAGACUGGGGAAAGAAUACACUGCUGGUCAGGAACUGAGGUCAGCAUAUAUCUAUCUGUUUCGGCUAAUAUGUCAGUGGGAAGGGUAUGGUAAAACCUGAAGGUCGGUGUUAGAUCAUUUUUCUACUGCACCUGAGCUGUAGACUACUGUAUGUACUCCGAAGAUCACAGUUUGCUGCGUGUGUCAUACAGAUUUAUCCAGCUUAUGAAGCUAUUCUGGAACAGACAUUCUAUUCAGACUUUGGGGAUAUUGUUCUCAAAGACACACACUUACGGAAAGAUGAACUGUACGACAGGGAUGACGUAAUCUCUGCAAGGACAGAGAGCCAGAGUGGGAGAGGAGGUCACCUCCCUGAGUCUCUGUCUCAGUUUUCAGAUUGUGUUCAUUUUUACUGCAAGAUUGUGAAAGCUGUAACUUUGUAUCAGGAGAGACACUGAGUGUUGGAGAGUGCAGUUCCAUAUCUGUCGUCCUUUCAGCAGAUCUACAGAGCAAAGCUCUCUGUUUUUACUGGCUCUCAGGCUCUGGUCAUUGAGAUGUUGGACACGCUUGGAGUACUGUUACGUUUUGAUUCACAACCUGAGACUGCUCAUAAAGAGAUUAUCUCACCGCUGUAGCCAUCCAAGUCCUUGUGUUGCUCCAACUAUCUCUGUACCAACACAGAAAAGUUCACAAUCAGACUAUUACCAAUGUUAUUUGGAAUUCUAGUUAAAAGAUACUUCAGUGUUUGCAGUACAAUACAGCGUAGAGUUGCUGGAACACCAAUUGCUGCAUGGGGUAUAUAUUUUUCUAUUUCAGUAUUACAUCAAUAACAAUGUAGCAAUCAACUGGAUAAUGAUAACGGUUAAUGAUUCUUCACAAACCCAAUAAGAAAUGCUUUAUGAUUUGCACCCAGAGGUGCACUGAUUCACUUCAACAUUGUACAAAUGAUUUCAAAAGUGAAAUGAUAGAUAAUACAAUUUAGAACAUACGUUGGUUCUUUGAUAACAGUGGACCAAUGAUGUGCAGGUCUGCCUUAAGAAUUCCACAAAACGCUGGAUACCCGUUAACCCAUUUAUAAUGUACCCAACAGGGGUUCUAUACAUUACAUGUCCUACUGUAGGCUAACAUACACUACAUUUAUGCAUAACGCUAAACAAUAUCAUUAUAGUAUUAUAUUUGAUUAAUCUCAUAUUAGAUCAAAUGUCUUGAUACUUUCACACAUACUAAAGCACUUAAACCUGUCGGCAUUGUAACUGCAUAUAACUACAUUAAUUACAGCUUUUAAACUGCUCUAUAAUUUCUGUUUACUUUUGGAUAUCAACUCAUCAGAUCAAAUCUAUCAAAAUAGAAUAUUCUCACUCCAUACAUAUCCACCCUGUCACAGGCGGACUUGCGCCCCCUGCUGGUUGACUUGCGCCCCCUGCUGGUUGAGAAAGAAUUACACCAGAUAACAUCAAUCCCUUUCCAGACAGUUUAGGUGGGGACCUUAGGAAAACAAAUACAAAACAGCUGAACUCAAGUGACUGCCUCACUGAUAAGCUUCUAGUGGCACCUUAAUUGAGGAGAAUGGGCUCAUUUAAAAAAACAAAGGUACAAUUUUUUUUUUUUAACUAGGCAAGUCAGUUAAGAACAAAUUGUUAUUUACAAUCAUGGCCAAACCCUCCCCUAACCCAGACAAUGCUGGGCCAAUUGUGUGCCACCCUAUGGGACUCCCGAUCAUGGCCUGUUGUGAUACAGCCCGGGAUCAAACCAGGGUCUGUAGUGACGCCUCUAGCACUGAGAUGCAGUGCCUUAGACCGCUGCACCACUCAGGAGUAAAUCAUAGUAAUGGCUGGAACGGAAUAAAUGGAAUUGUAUCGAACACAUCAAAUAAAUGGUUUCCACGUGUUUGAUACAAUUCUAUUCACUCCGUUCCAGCCAUUAUUAUGAGCCAUCCUCCACUCAGCAGCCUCCUGUGCACCCUGUGCAUGCUCAAGUGAUUACUAAAUUAGAUGGAAAAGAACUUGGGCUCAAUAACUGACAUGUUGAGAAGAGGACUGUAUUAAUAGACAUGUUGCAGAGAGAGAGAGAGGGUGUGAUUAGAUGUACUGCUGUGCAGUCUGUUUGGACUCUGAGAGAGAGAGAGAGAGAGAGAGAAAGGAUAUGGUAAGAUGUGCUGCAGUGCAGUCUGUCCGAACUCAGAGAGAGAGAGAGAGAGGAUGUGCUGCAGUGCAGUCUGGUCUGCUGACCGUGGCCAGGCCAGAAUGGUGUUACGUAAGCCUGUGUCUGUUUACUCUGGAGCUCUGCUGACAGUCAGAUCUGCAGCCAGCCCCUCAGUGAGAGGGGAGCUGUACGGUGCAGUACAGUACGUCAGGCUCCCCUGCAGCGUUUGGGACAGCACCUGUUGACAGACUGACAUCAACACUACUAACCUUCACUGGCUCCUCCAACUGCUAUAAAUUCCGAUUUUUACAAUCUAGCCAGUCAUAUGCUGCACCUAAUGACCAUGGUAACAUACUUUGGUGUUACUUUUUAAGUUGUGAUAUGCAUGGUAUGCCUCCUACAACAACUGAACUCAAGUUAUUUUGGCAUGUUUCCUAUUGUAUCUAGCUACUAGUUUAGACCUCCAAGUAAGUGCUGGUUGUUUUAGAAAGUGGCUGCAGCAUACGGAGCCAAAACCCUUUGUCGUCCUGACUCCGUUUAUCAUAGUCGCUAUGGCACUGACUUCUGAUAAUACCUGAAUCGCCAGAUAUGAGGCUCCACUCCCCUACAUAUUUAUUUGGACAGUGAAGCUAAAACUUUUGGUUCUAUACUCCACCAUUUUGCAUUUGAGAUCAAAUGUUUUAUAUGAGGCGAUGGAACAAAAUGCCACCUUUUUAUUUCAUAUACAUACUGUAUGUUUUACCGUUUAAAAAUGAAAGAACUUUAUGUAUGUAGUCCCCCCAUUUUGAAGGUAUCAUAAGCAUUUGGACAAAUUCAGUUAGUGUAUUAAAGUAGUCAAAAGUA